CGCCAAUUGAGGCAUCGAGACCACUGCCGUUGCGACGCCGACUGAACGACGACAACCGCAGCUUUCGGCCCACCAUGGCGAUCUCCCCGACUCAAUUCGCCGUCACCACGAAGCAGUCGGCCAAUUGGGCCGAGGCGAAGCAGCGGGUGCUUGCGGCAUAUCGGAACUGGAUCCGGGCGGCGCCCGAGAUACAAACCAUGUACUCCGUCCCGCAUCCUGUCUCUGCGAUUCGGUCCCGCAUCCGGCAGGAGUUUGAGCGCCACCGCUACGUCAACAAGCUGCCCGUGGUCGAUGUUCUCCUUCUUCAGAGCAAUGCCGAUUACCAAGAAACCAUGAACUUCUGGCGCCAGACGAACCACGUCAUGUCCUACUUCAAGGAGGAGAACUUCAGGGGAGAGAAGAGACUGCCGUCAAAUUUCCUUGCUGGGUUUCUGGAGGGUCGCAACUAGAAUGGCUUUUUCUGCCGCCUUAGUUUAAAUGUAUAUAAAAGAACCAUGACAUGUACCUGUCCAAACAAGCAGGCAUUGCACCCCCCAUCGUGAUGCCAACUGAGUGCAGGACCCAACCCAAACGACGCCCGAAACGCCAACCGCCUGUUUGAUCCUGAGAAAGGAGGAAUCUAUGAAGAAGCGCUGGCCAUAAAACGGUCCCUGGCUUCAAUGAACUUAUCAGCUACGACGUCACACAGCUCCU